GUAGGCCUGGAAAGAGGCAACAAUGCCUCUCUCUCAGACCACAGCCUCAGGAUAAAGCCCCACUGCUGGCAAGUAGGGCCCCAGCGGCCCCAGCCCAGAAUCUGGUUAACUCCCAGAUUGAACUACCAUGAAACUGCACCGAAAGUCCGUGCUCAGUUUCUUCCACGGAUACAGAACACAGGCUCCAGACCGGGAGGGCAUCUUGCUAAAGAAGGGAGCCCGAAAUAUCAGCUAUCAACGCCGCUGGUUUGUCCUCCGGGGAAACCUCCUCUUCUACCUGGAGCACCAGGCAGACCGCACACCCCUGGGCCUCAUCCUCUUAGAAAACUGCCAGGUGGAGCCACGCCUCGGGGCCACAGAACCCUAUGCCUUUACCAUCUUGACCCCCGGGGCUGAGGGCACAGAAGGUGGGCGGACCUACAAGCUGGCAGCAGAAAACCAGGGAGAGCUGGCAGCGUGGCUGUGGGCACUGGCUGGGGUGAGCUGGAGGCGGCUGGUGGCGCUACUACCCCCACUGGAGGCCCAGUACCGGGAGCUGUGCCAGGCAGCUGGCCAAGAACCCAGCUCACCCCCAGACGACUGUGGCUUCCUAGCCACCCUCAGUCCCCCCUCCAGCUUCCAGGAGUUGCACGAGCACUUUGGGAAAGAGAUCCGGGUGCUGCAGGUGGUGCGUAGAGGACUUCAGUCCAGUGACAACAGAGGCAGCAGAUCCCAGGCGAAGGGGGAGCAGGAGCUCAACAGUUGUUGACGAGUGACUGAAAGAUGGACCAAAGGCCAAAAGGUCCCUCCCUGCCAAGACCAGCUGAGUGCUUCAGCAGACACCCAGAUCCUGGCCUGCUCCAUUGUUUCCUCCCCACCCCCACCCCACCUAGUUCUUAUUCUAACUCCCUUUAUCAAAUAACAAGGCAGGAGACAGGCCCAGGUACAACAGCAGGUUCUUUUCUGAUUCCUCGAAGCGCCGCACAGGGUGGGAGCAGAGACAAGAGAAUGUAAACAUUGGGUUCCACCCCCUGGAGCUCAGGGGAAGACCCCUUACCCAGAUAGGGGCUGGAGGGGAAACAAGGUGGAAGGCAGGGGCCCUGGUAAGACAAAGCAGGAGAGGCCUGAGAACACAGAGGAGGGUGGGUGAAAGAGAACAAGGAGAAUGGUAGGUGGGGAAAGGGGGGACAUUUCCUGUGCCAGUGCAUGUCCCCUUAAAUAAACGAGUGCGAGAACAUUAUGGAAGGAGAACCAAAGGAUAGAAGACAGAGCAAGCACCCCCACCCUGGGCCGACCAGCUGCUCUGUACAUAAUUACAACAGAGAUGUCCAGAAGUAGAGCAAGGAGAGCCGUGGCCCCCAGCCAGGAAGUGGGGGAGACCAGCAGGGCUGAAGAAGGGAAAAAGGAACCCAGCUCCACUCAUGGAUAAGGGGAGCAACUGGUGUAAGAAUCUGAAAACUGCUGAUUCCCAUUGCCAAGUCACCCCUGAGGUGACAAAAGGCCAA